UUAAGCCCCAUGUGUACCACACUGGCACACACUCUAGUUUUAUCUGGGACCGUGUGUACCUAUCAGGCCACAGCGAAGUGUCGUGUUCCUAAUGCCGUGGCUCGUCGAGGAUCGCAUUUGCCGUGCUUUCUUAUGUAUAAAUGUGUGUAAACGGUCUGUGGUAAACAAAAUCAGAGGUUGGUCCGUUAAACCACGUGUUCACAAACAGGUUAGGUUAUAAUUUCUAACAUGCUUCAGUCAGUAUCGGUUCGAACGUCUAACGAGGCUAACACUAUUUUCUCUUCAGUUUUUUGUUAAAAAGUGGAACUAAAAAAUAAGAUAAUGUUCCGUAAAGGACUAUCGGAAGACGAACUUCGCAGACUUGCUGAGGAGAGUGACUUUAGUGAUAGUAGUAUGUCUGAAAGUACGUUUUAUGAUUCUGAUGCCGAUCCAGUGUACAAUGAAAAUGUUACUGAUGGUUCUUCAGACUCAUACAGUAGUGAAUAUGAGUCUCGUAGAAAAAAAGCUAAAAUUUGCAAACAAACACAAAAUUGCAAAGAAUUUACUGCAGGUUCUAGUUCUAACCAAAAGGAGGCUGAUACAAGAAGGAUAGAAAAAGCUGAAUCUGCAAACGUUAGCCUGGAAGCUGUUAUUGACGAUGUAUCAAGAAAUAAAAUAACUGCAGGUCCUAGUUGUAUCCAAAAGGAGGCUGAUACAAGAAGGAUAGGUAAGUUAUUUAGGAAUGCACAAAUUCUGUUUGUAGUUUACUUUUUUUUUGCUUUGUAGAAAAAGCUGAAUCUGCAAACGUUAGCCUGGAAGCUGUUAUUGACGAUGUUGUAUCAAGAAAUAAAAUAACAUGGAGCGAUGUGCCAAAUCCAGAUGAUCUCAAUAAGUUCGAACUAUCAUUUACUUCAGGAAUA